AUGGCUGAUCGUGGUCGCGGAUGGCGCCCGCAACAUUCUCAUGAGACAAGAGCAUUAAGCUAUGGUCACUUCGGGACCGCGACAUAUGACAGUCGCGCUCAGACUUGGGUUUUUUUGCGCCAGAAUCAACCGCUGCGGAAUGCUAUUGGUGUCGACGAUCCCACUAACACGACCGGGUUUCACCUUGUGCACGAACAAGUAGUCAGCACGCAAGCAGCGAGAAAACCUCAGUUUCCUGAUGCAUUGAAUCCAUCGCGGUCUGUCGGAAGAACGGGUCUACUCAAGCAGCUUCCAGAAGCAGCUCUUUUGUCGAGAUUUCUGCCUACUGCUCAAGUAUCUCGAGACCAAGAUUUUGAUCAAGCAGUCCUUGGCAAUACUCUAGCAUUAGGAACAGCUAGGGCGUCCUCGCGGAAAUCACAACAGUAUGAUUCGCCCAGCUGUAUGGUGCUCUUUUUUCGAGGAGGAGCAUGUAACGAGGACAUACACCUGGCCGAAAUCGAGGCGGAGGAGAUCGAUAUCCCGAUGUAUGAAAUCAGUUGCAAGCUUCCAACCAUUUCCUCAGACCGUGGAAGCCAUAUCAAGUCAACAGAGCCCGUCCGUCACAUUUCUUCCGCCGAUACAUUGAGUGGGCGAUUCCUUGUGCUGAAGGAGAGUGGAACCAGUAUUUUCGAGCUGCUCUGGAGACAACGUCAUGUUUCUGAGCUAGAAACAGAAGAUUCCUCACACAGGAACGCCACCCUGGUGGAUCAGAUCCUACUGCUGGCCAUCCCUUCGACGAGGACUGGAGAGGCCGCGCACGCCCACGCUUCAUUCCAAACCGGUAACCAAGGCAUGCUCGCGAUUGUGGACGUCAAUGGCCAAUGGAGCACUUGGGAGAUUCGCCGCAAACGAUCAGCAUUGGCUCCUGUACCAUGCCACGCAACUCUCCAAUACUCAAACAACAUAUACGACGCCAUUUCUGAGCCCGAACGAGUCCUGGUGGACGAUUGGCAUAGAAUUUGUUGGUUGCCGGAUACUGGACAAAACAAUCACCGGAUUUUGGUCUGUAAUCGAAGGGUCGCGGCAGUCUUUGGUGGCGACGGGACCCUUGAAGGUCAUGUAGACAUGCGACUUGGUCCACCCUCAAAUGAAACCCAGAUCCUUGACGUGAGAACCAGCUCUGUCCGGCCAUAUCUGGUCCUGGCUUUGACAAGCUCGCGACUCUUAAUCUUCACUUCCCAGGGACUGGUCAACCGGGGGGCUGCCAAAUAUGAGCCACUCGAACUCGUCUGUUCUUGGGCUCACUUUCGGCAUGGAAGCGAUCUUAGUCUAAGGAUGAGUGUUGCCGAAUUUGAGCAAGAUACAUUUGUGCUGCUUUACUCGCCGAGCAGUGACAUUGCAAUUAUGUACCACAUUGGACACGGACCGUCGGAUUCGGAAACUUUGUCUCUGCGUGACCCGGCUAUGUUUAAUCUGCCAACAGAAGUUCGGGCACGGAUGAGCGGUGUUACGGACAUUGCUCUCUACCCGGUUGAUUUCGAUACUGUUUUAGAAAUGUCAAAGCCUCCCUUCCAGUUUAUGAAACUGGUUGCUUCCACCUCUCAGGGGAUCAUUAUUGAAGCUUUGUACAGACAUCGGUUUCAACAGCCCGGCGAUGGAAAGGUUAGCAUUGAGCUUCCUGGACUAUGUUUACCUAAUAGACAGGUCAUCAGCACUGCACACGUCGCCAGAUCGGACCUAGCAGAAUUGGGAGAUUUUGUUGUUGACGACGAUGCUGAGAAGCGGCAGACGCCUCUGCCAAAGGGAACCGUGACCAAUGUUUCUCUAUCUGUCUCUCCGUUACCUUGUCAUACGCAUGAUUGGAAAGCAAUCUUUGAGAUGGACAGAUUCCGUCUCGCAGACGAUUCUUCGAUACCAUUCUCCGACUCUUUGGAUAUUGCGAUUCGCUACUUCGAAAACUUGCAACUCCAACAACGUCGUUGGCCGAUUCAGGUAUUCUCAAAUCUCGUCCAUCAACAUCAUAUCAGUGACGUGGAGCAAGAUUCGGAAGCCACCACAAUACGGAUUGCUGAGUUAGUACGACGAGAUGAUUUGCGACUGGAUUCGGCGGGCCUAGAUGGCCUCUCGGCCUUAUCUUCCGAACAGAACCUACUGGAUUUAUAUCAGCUAGGCUUGUUAUCAUACGUGGCGUCUCUUGGUGAGAAGGUUACCGACCGCAACCGUGUCAAUCGAGAGAGACUUGUUCGUCACUUGGCCGGAGAGGUCUUUCUGGGAAACAUUAUAGUCAGGUCCAUCCACCCUUCCGACCAAUCUAUGGAACUGACAUUGCCGUCCUCUCCACCUGAACCGCAAUCUGGGGACACUCCAACCACAACUCCUCUGCCAACGGUGUCUCCAAAUCCGGUUGCCGAAGAAGAGCCCGCGGUGACACGUCUUCGAACCUACGUAUCCUUUCGAGAACAGGUUCCGCCCUUUCAGGCUUCUGACCAGGAGAACAUUUCCAACAUCGUAGCCCACUUGCCCGACUCUAUCGACGAAGACCCUGCACAUUACUCGUACCAGAACACUAAUCAAAGGCUGAAAUUGAUUCAAGAAGAAGUAGCUGCACAGUCGUUGGAUCCAAGAGAAAGACGAAAAGCCGCGAGGCAGGCAGCUCGUUUGCAGAAAAGGUUGGAAAAGUCGGUACGGAUUGGUCAAGAGAUUAUGUCGCAGAGAAAUAUGCUCCCGGAUAUCAAUAGUAUUGGAAGAGGUGCUGGUUUUGCUGGCAGAGAGGUACAAAGCAGUCAGCCAGGCGUCGGCGGAUCCAGUCAAGGUCCGAGUCAGAGUCAAGGCAUACCUGGGUUGACCAUGACACAGCCAGAAAGAGGGGCCUUUGGAACACGACCUAGUAAGUCGAAGGGCAAGGGCAAAGACAAGGGAUCCAAGCGAAAGGCAGGCUUCUAG